AUGGCCCGUGGAGGUACUUCGGAAGCAUCCUGGGCCAGCGCGCUUCGUGCCCUCUGCGGAGCAAGAGGAGGAGGACGGUCUAGCACAAAGGCCCUGACCCCGGGCAUGAUCGACGCGACGACGAGGGCGGGCAAGGUUCAGGCUCCCCCUACAGGUCAUUCUGGCGGGCAGGGCCUGUCUCUACCAGGUAGCUUCUAUUUACCAGCCUGUCUGCUUGUGCUGGCCUGGUGCCUGUCUGGUGUUGGCCUGGUGCUGGUGCUGGUGCUGAUGCUGCCCUGGGAGAUCCACAGCGGGCCCCCCUUCGAGGGUGCGCGCAAUUGCGAGACGCUCGACACCCUCUACUCUGCAUCCAUGGGUCUUGACCGGCGCUCCGACUCUGAAGCAGCCAGCGACAGGGGCUUCCACGUGCGCGUCUUCUCCUGGCCGUCCUGGCCGGGCGGUGGCACCCUUGCAUCCUGGUAUCGCUUCACGUCGCCGCCGCAGGAGCCCACGCCAUGCGCUCUUCAAACGUCACAAUUUGUCCGUGUCUGGUCUGUCAUCCCAAACCUCGCUACGGUCCGCAAACACGACCAGCUACCUGACUGGCAAGCGGUCAUGGCGACAUCACAGCCCUCGCUCUUCCGUCUUAUGCGCGCCCAUCUGAACCUGUCCUGGUGGGUCCCGUCGUGCUGCUCCUCUGUGCCCACCUCGCAUCCGACCCAAGGUAGACCGAGGACGUGUGUCGCGCAGGAACUCGGCCAUGCCACCCUUGGUGGGGGUGUGCAAUGUCCCGGCCCAAAGCACCUCGUAGCGCUUUUCCAGAACAGCCAGCUGUCGCUAUGCACAUGCACGUUGGGCGAGGCUUCAAUCGCCCAGCUGCCACCACCGUUGAGACUUUAUUGA